GAUGUUUUGUGUGUAUCUGUCUUAAGCGUGUCAUUAGGCGCUUGCCUCGACUUGAAGGAGAGUAAACUACAACUUCUAAGGGACUGACAGCUUCGGGAGAAAAAAAAAAUUAGUCCUGCCCUUCUCUCAAAGAUUUCCUGUUUCGCGAAAGAAGUGAAUACAGUCACUCUCUGACUCAUAACCCGGGGUUUAGAGUAUUUUCAUAGCUGAAGGCAGGCGCACAGAGUUUGAGACCAACAUUUUUUUUUCUCCAAAAAAAAAAAAGAAGAGUUGUUUUCUUCGACUUUUCUUUCCCCACUUUGCAACAGAAGCGCACAACGUUGAAACCUUCAAUUGGGAGGAAGGGGGGAACAUUUCCUCUCCGCUUUUGAAGGGCAAGGGAAGAGAGAGCAAAAAAGAAACAUUUUAAUGAAAAGUCAAGGAAAGGUAUCGGUGUUUGUCUAAAUGAACCGACUUCGUUUAUCAGUCGUGCUGUGGAGCACUACCCUGUUCGCCAGCUCUGUGCUCUUCGGCCGGACGGGUGGGACAGUGGAUCCAUUCAAGCUGCAUUUGCUGUGCAAGUUUUGUGAUUUUGAGCCCUCAACGUGUGAUGGAAGAAGUAACUGCUUCUCCAACUGCAGCAAAACAGCAAUUUGUGAGAAACCUCAAGAAGUCUGCGUGAGCAUUUGGAGGAAGGAUGAUAACAAUGUAACCAUUGAGACGCUGUGUCAUGAUCCAGCAGAAAAAAUAUAUGGGCUACUUCUGGAUGACUACAAUUCCACAAAAUGUUAUAUGAAAGAAAAGAAGUUUCCUGGUUCGCUAUUUUAUGUGUGUUCUUGUACCGAAGAAGAGUGCAACAAUAAGCUUAUUUUUUCACCAGAAGUGGAGCCCCCCACCCCAGAGAACUCGGUGCUCACGGUCAUCCUCGUGACUCUCGUGCCGCUGCUGGUCCUGACCGUUGUGGUCAUCACCGUCUUCUACUGGUACCGGGUGUGCCGGUCCCGGGCCCUCGGCGAGAAGUGGGACGGCAAGAAGCCGAAGCCCCGCAAGAUGCCACCGCUGGACUGCAGCGAAGCCUGCGCCAUCAUGAUCGACGACGACCGCUCGGACAGCAGCUCCACGCACGCCAACAACCUCAACCACAACACCGAGCUGCUGCCCAUCGAGCUGGACACGCAGGCGGGCAAGGGGCGCUUCGCCGAGGUCUACAGGGCCAAGCUGAAGCAGAACGCCUCGGCGCAGUUCGAGACGGUGGCCGUGAAGAUCUUCCCCGACGAGGAGUACGCCUCCUGGAAGAACGAGAAGGACAUCUUCUCCGACAUCAACCUGAAGCACGAGAACGUCCUGCACUUCCUGACCGCCGAGGAGCGCAAAGCUGAGAAACAGUACUGGCUCAUCACCGCCUUCCACCCCAAGGGGAACCUGCAGGAGUACCUCACCAGGCACAUCAUCAGCUGGGAAGACCUCUGGCUCCUGGGGGGAUCCCUGGCCCGGGGGGUGGCCCACCUGCACAGCGAUCACACCCCAUGUGGCCGCCCGAAGGUGCCCAUUGUCCACAGAGACUUGAAGAGCUCAAACAUCCUGGUCAAGAACGACCUGACCUGCUGCCUCUGUGACUUCGGCCUAGGCCUCAGGCUCGACCCCUCGCUGUCUGUGGACGACCUGGCCAACAGCGGACAGGUGGGCACAGCCAGAUAUAUGGCCCCAGAAGUGCUGGAGUCCAGGAUAAAUUUAGAAAACAUAGAGUCUUUUAAACAGACAGACGUCUACUCAAUGGCUCUUGUCCUGUGGGAGAUGACCUCUCGCUGCAAUGCCAUCGGAGAGGUAAAGGAGUAUGAGCCUCCGUUUGGCUCCAAGGUGCGGGAGCACCCCUGCGUGGAAAGCAUGAAAGACAACGUCCUGCGUGACAGAGGCCGCCCAGAGAUCCCCAGCGGCUGGCUGAACCACCAGGGCGUGCAGCUGGUGUGUGCCACCAUCAACGAGUGCUGGGACCACGACCCAGAGGCUCGUCUGACUGCCCAGUGUGUCGCCGAGCGCUUCACCGAGAUGGACCACAUGGACAAACUGUCCGGGAGGAGCUGCUCCGAGGAGAAAAUCCCAGAGGACUGUUCCGUGAGCGACGGGAAGUAGGAGCUCCAAACGGGUCGGCCUCGUCGGGGGGGCUGGUGGAAAUUUAAGAGGGGAAUACAAAGGUCCAAUGGAGCAGCUCAGCUUGGGACUUCAGGCUUCAUUUCUGGGGGAAAACCGGAAUCUUCCUGUCCCGCUUCCUGGUUUUCUGAAGCUGUGGUGUGUAGCCAGGGCAGCUGUGUCAUUCUGUUGAGGUAAUCGGGAAGGAAGGAACUUACAAAAAUGGGAGAUCUUCAUUUAUUUUUUUGUAACCAUCGGCGCUCUCCGAAAAGGAGCAGAACAUUUGCAGGACUAAAGAAAUAAGCUUUCAUUAUAACCUUUGACGUUUGCACUUUAUAAAUGCAUAUCCAUACCAGAUUAUGUUUUAUAUUCAUUAUAAGAAUAUACGUUAUGUAUUAAGGGUUACCUUUACCACUUCAGGAACAUCCAACACAAGCAGAUAAGGUAUGUCACUCUUCUGCUGUUGAUAACCUUGCCCUUUUCUAAUAGGGCAUUUUUAUAGCAUAAUAAUCGUGGUAAUAUAGGGAAGAAUAUAUUUUUUUAAAUGUGCUCUUUAGCGAUGCCUGAUCUGCUUAAAAGGAAGUCGUACCAGGAAGAAAUUGUCUUUUUGAUCUAAGAAGACUGUUUUUGGCUUGCUUGGUGAAGAUCAGUAGGAACAACAGACAUCCCGAAGAAAACAAACUGUGCAAUCCAACACCAAAAAGGGAAAGGAAGAAUCCUUCACAAAGUAUUGUGAACUGAACUGCAAACUUGUUUAAGAGGAUUAGCCAUAUCUGAUAAAUAUUUUCUAAUUAACACCUGUAUGUUACUCUGGGUAUUAUUGUGAAAAGAAGAUAUAUUGACUUUUCAGCUUUUCCAUGCACUGUGUAUGCAAGAUCAUGUUUUAACUGAGAAAGUGAUUAAAACAUUUCAGUAUUUACUCCAAAAUCAA